ACAGCACCGAAUACCGAUGCAAACAAUACCACCUCCCUCCCCCUGAAGACCCAUGGCAUCGGCUGCAUGACGGUGACAUCUCGAUCGCAGUGCAUGACGCCGCUGGCUGGGGUUUAGACUGUGGGUUCGGUAAAAAGGGUCUCGAUGCAAAGGAUGGCGGCGAGGGUCGUGAAGUGGCCGAGGAUUUUGUUGUUUGGGGAUUCGUUAACUCAGCGUUCUUUUAGCCCAGAGGGAUGUUGGGGGGCCCUGUUAGCUGACCAUUUUCAAAGACGGGCAGAUGUCGUUGUCCGCGGCUUCUCAGGCUACAACACCCGCAACUGCCUGGCACUCCUCCCCUAUGUGGCCGCGGACUUGAAGGACGUCGUUGGUGCCACUGUAUUUCUCGGUGCCAACGAUGCCAGUGCAGAGAACACCCAGCAGGCUGUUCCGCUGGAAGAAUACUCGGAGAACAUCAAAGCUAUUGUCAGGCACUUCCAGAAUGCUGGAGUGAAACCUAUUGUGAUAACUCCCCCGGCACUGGAUGGGGAAGGCUGGAAGAGCUACUGUGAGGAGACGGAUCGCAUUUACGCCAAAGACGAGGCACUCACGGCCAAAUACGCGGAGGCUUGUUCAGGUGUAGCUUCGGAAAUGGGAGUUCCUUGCAUUGAUCUCCAUACUGCUAUGAUCAACCAGGCUGACUGGAAGAACCUCCUGUGUGACGGACUACACCUCUCGCAGAGGGGCUCGGAACUCCUGGCCUCACUCCUUGCCCCAGCCGUGGAGAAGCACCUAUCGUCAAGUCUUCCAAAGGACCACAUCCUACCCCUCUGGAGUGAAAUCGGAGCUGACAACUCUGUGGAGGCGUUCAAGGAGUGGUGCGAGAAGAACGUGUGAAAUGCUCUUGGGGCGUUUAGCGUGUUCAGGAAUGUUAUAUCUUGGGCUUCCAGUUUUUCAGCUGAAUUUGCAGGGUUUUAUAUUAUGGCAAUUAUAAUUUAGUUGUCUAACCUAG